CAAAUUUCGCGCACGCAGGGGGCGCCAUAAUCGAACUACUGGUUGAGCCCGCCACCCGACCCGGUAAUAAUUGAUUUUCUUUUGCGGGUCUGUCGUGAAAACAAAAGACUUGCAAGACCAAUACAGAAAUUGGAAUAUUUGCCUGAUGAACGCUUAAUAGUUCUAAAUUAGUGAUUAACUGAAAACAUCAUUUCGCCUAAAUUGACUAUUUCGGUUUAAUUGUGCCCUGUUUGUUAUGUGCCCUAAUAUUCAAGAAGCCAGGCAGCAGCAGGUCAACUGGCUGUGAAUGAUCCAGAAACGAAUCUCCCUUUGACUAGAGGAUUUGAUUCUGUCAGAUGGGAUAUCCAUAUUGGAAGAGAGAAACCACUAUUUAACCAUCGAAAUGGAGGCCAGUUUUCAGGGAGCAGUGUUUGAUGAGAAUUGGGUAUUUCACCCCUCCAUCCUAGGAGAAGGUUCAUUCGGAGAGGUAAGACUUUUAAUGAACAAAAAUACUCAACAAAAUAUUGCCUGCAAAAUAAUUGAUCAUUCCAAAUGUAAGAAUGCCAAUAUUGACAUUAAGAAAGAAGUCACGAUUCACAAGGUGAUCGAACACGAAAAUAUUAUUAAAUAUUUUGGCAGAAGGCAGGAACCCAACAAGGACUAUAUCUUUAUGGAGUAUGCUGCUGGUGGAGAACUUUUCCAACUGAUAGAACCCGGUGUUGGUAUGAGCGCAUGCUUGGCACAGCAUUAUAUGAAACAGUUACUAUAUGGAUUGAACUAUCUACACCGUAGAGGAAUUGCACAUAGAGACAUUAAACCGGAAAAUUUACUAAUUGGUGUUGGAGCAGUUUUGAAAAUUUGUGAUUUUGGAAUGGCAACUUUCUUUAGACUUAGAGGAAUUGAACGCAAACUUGAAAAAGCAUGCGGAACGAAGCCCUAUAUGGCACCAGAGAUUGGCCCAGGCCAGCCGCCUUAUCAUGCCAAACCAGCAGAUUUAUGGUCUUGUGGUAUUGUCCUUGUAGCUAUGUUAACAGGAGAAUUGCCAUGGUCGCAGGCUGCACCCACGGACGAAUGUUUCACAAUGUGGUGCAACGAUGAGUAUUUAUCAAUUACUCCAUGGUCCGAGCUUGGCAACACAGCCUUAAGUUUAGCUAGGCAAAUAUUGAAUAAAGACUGGCAAAAAAGACUGACUACUAUUCAGAUUCUCAAUCAUCCAUGGAUGAGGUUUAUAUUUGUCGACGAUUCUUCAGCCACAGAAAACAGCAAUCCCUCCCAUCCCCUAUCAUGCUUUCGUUUUAACUCGAUGAGAUUAAUGGAUACUGAAACCAAACACAGACGAGAGCCACCUCAAGUCACUUUAUCGCAACCUGCCAUGACUCCUCGUCCAACUUGUAUCGAUGAAGUGGUCAGAGACAUUAAAAAAGCCAAAAAUACAAAUUCCGGGUGCUUUUCACAGCCGACUAAAAACGACGACGUCAUUAUUUCGUCAUUUACUCGGAGCUCAGUUACAAAGCAUAAUUUCCCCAAUUUGCUCCAGAGAAUGACGAGAUUUUAUGUGAACUGUAAGAAGGAGUUUGCGUUGGAGUAUCUUGGAACGGUUUUGGACGGCUUACAUUGUACUUGGGCUUUAGAUGUGUCAGGAACUGUAACGAUUUCCACAGUAGAUUCUCGGAAAAAUCCAUUAGUUUUCAAAAUCAGCUUUUUGGAAAUGAAUGACAAAGUACUAGCAGACUUUCGCCUAUCCAAAGGCUGUGGUUUAGAAUUUAAAAAGAAAUUUAUCAAGCUUAAAGUUUGCCUAAUAAAUAUUGUCACAGAUUUGGAGAGUACUGCUGUGGUUGAGAAUAAGUCUGGGGAUAUUGAGAAUAAGUCUGAGCCGAUUGAGAAUAAGUCUGAGCCGAUUGAGAAUAAGUCUGAGCCGAUUGAGAAUAAGUCUGAGCCUAUUGAGAAUGAGCCUGGACCUAUUUCUGUCCAUUCUUCUCCUAUCACACAUUUGAGUUUUUAAGAUUUUAUCUUGUUUUUGUUUAAGUAUUUUUAAGUUUAGAGAAAUCUAUUUUUUUGUAAUUUUAAGGUUGUUUAAUUUUUUAACAGCAUGGGUGAUUUUUAAAAAAAAUACCAGCUGAUAGUUUUGUAAUCCUAAAAUUGAGUCUUGUUUUUUCAUUUGCUAAUUUUAAUUUUACAGGACUACUUAUCCAUUUUGAAUUCAUGUAUAAUUUUGUUAUUGUAAAAAGUGUAUAGGGAUUAGCUCAUGUUUAGUGUUAUGGCAAGACGACAUUUUCGAAAGAAUACUCCUAAAGUUGAGUCUUGUCAUAAUUUUUUUUUUCAUUUGAUAAUUUUACAGGACUCCUUAUACAUUUUGAAUUCAUGUAUAAUUUUGUUAUUCUAAGAAGUGAAUAGAGAUUAGCUCAUGUUUAGUGUUAUGGCAAGACGAAAUUUUUGAAAGAAUAAUCCUAAAGUUGAGUCUUGUCAUCAUUUUUUUUUUCCAUUUGAUAAUUUUACAGGACUCCUUAUACAUUUUGAAUUCAUGUAUAAUUUUGUUAUUGUAAAAAAUGUAUAGAGAUGAGCUCAUGUUUAGUGUUAUGGCGAGACGAAAUUUUCGAAAGAAUUUUUGUGACAAUAUUUUAAAUAAUGUAACUACUAAAUGUUGUAUUUAUGAAGAAAGGAAUAAAAUAUUUAUUUUCAUUGUCGACACUUGAAAACCUAGUCGAA